AUGGGAGCACUUUCAUUUUUAGCCACUCAAAAAUCAAUGAGAGAUACGACAAAUAAUAUUAAAGACACAGAAAGCACUAACAGUAAUGCCGAAGACCUUACAAAUCAAUCCAACGAAGAUACUGACACAGAAGCUUCACGAAAUAGAAGACUUAAAACGAGCAUGCGUAAAAAGACUAAAAUUCAGAAUAAUAGCGAUGAUGAGUUAUUGAAAUUAUUGCAGGAUAAAACUUAUGAUGAGGAUGUUUCAUUUUGUGAAAUGAUCAUACCAAUGCUCAAGAAUCUCUCAACAGACCAGAAACAUUACGCUAAAAUUGAAAUUCUGAAUGCACUUAACAGAGCAACUAAAUAUUCACCACAAAAUUUUAUACCGCCUAGAGUCAGAUCCGCUAUGUCUCAAUAUCAAUCAUCAUCAUCAUCGUAUUCAUCUUACAACCCAAAUACGCCAUCGCCCUACCCAAAUACUAUCCGUCAAUCUCCUUCUCCCCAAAUUUACCAAUACCCACCAUCUUUUCCUCAAUCUCCGCCUGAUCCGUCUCCUCAAACACAAUACACACCAUCUCGUAAUUCAACUGUCAUUCCUCAAUCUCCACCUGAUCCGUCUCCUCAAACCCAAUACACACCAUCUCGUAAUCCAACUGUCAUUCCUCAAACUCCGCCUGAUCCGUCUCCUCAAACCCAAUACACACCAUCACGUAAUUCAACUGUCAUUCCUCAAUCUCCGCCUGAUCCGUCUCCUCAAACCCAAUACACACCAUCUCGUAAUUCAACUGUCAUUCCUCAAUCUCCGCCUGACCCGUCUCCUCAAACCCAAUACACACCAUCUCGUAAUUCAACUGUCAUUCCUCAAUCUCCGCCUGAUCCGUCUCCUCAAACCCAAUACACACCAUCUCGUAAUUCAACUGUCAUUCCUCAAUCUCCGCCUGAUCCGUCUCCUCAAACCCAAUACACACCAUCUCGUAAUUCAACUGUCAUUACUCAAUCUCCGCCUGAUCCGUCUCCUCAAACCCAAUACACACCAUCUCGUAAUUCAACUGUCAUUCCUCAAUCUCCGCCUGAUCCGUCUCCUCAAACCCAAUACACACCAUCUCGUAAUUCAACUGUCAUUCCUCAAUCUCCGCCUGAUCCGUCUCCUCAAACCCAAUACACACCAUCUCGUAAUUCAACUGUCAUUCCUCAAUCUCCGCCUGAUCCGUCUCCUCAAUCCCAAUACUCGCUGUCAAAUUUUCCAAAUACUUCAUUUAAUCAUUCUACAUUCGUAGUAGAGGGGAGUGGUUUUGACAUGAAAGAUUAUAUUUUAUUUAAAUAA